AUGAAGAUCUUAGUAGCCGUUUUUCUCCUUUUUUGUGCCAUCCUUUGUGACAAUGCGUUCGGAAAUAAUAUAAAUAAUCAUACACCUCACCCCCCCAAGAAAAAGACCCCCAAGAGCAAAGCCCCAGAGCCUCUCAUUGAUGUGCACGAGUUGAUAGGCGAAAUGGUUAGAAAGGAAGAGGAACUCAUAAAUGUAACGAAGAAGAAAUCCAAAUAUAAACUGGCAACAACCGUUCUUGCUUCAGCCCUAGGUCUUGUAUCAGCAGUGCUCUUAGGAGGUGCCGGAUUAGUCUUUUAUAAUGCCGGAAACGGAAGACACCCAUUCGCCAUUGGAGGUGGAAAGGGCGGUGAUGCUACUCCUCCUCCCGCUGAACCAGCCCCAGCUACUCCAGAAGAUCCAGCAUCAAAAUAA